CUACAUCGGGUACAAGCAAGCAAUUGUUCAGCCAAGAGACGUUGUACUGAUACUUGGUUUUGUUCUCCUUGUUCUUACGGUGUUGUUUUCUCCAUGAUGAUGUCCUCAAGUGCAUAUCCUCAGCCUUAUACUGGUGCGCCACCGAUACCCCAAGGAUACAAUGUAAAUCCUUCGCAAUGGAACACAGGUUACUGGCAGCGUAAUCCUCAAUACAAUCCCAAUGGUGCACCUGCACAAUUUCCCCAAGCUGCCUGGGUCCCUGGUGUAGGAUGGGGUCAACCUCAGCAGCAGCAGCAGAACUAUAAUCCAUACAAACGUCCAGUCCAGCCUCCUAGCGCUGCAUAUCUCUCUCAAAAACUGUCUGAUAACCCGCUCGGGCUCUCGAACAUGAUCACUAGAGAAGAGUUGUACGGACCAGGAGUCGACGGUGCACCACCAGAAACGCCGUGGAUAUGGAAUCCGAGGUCCCUGGACGAUAGUGGUUCUGGUCCUGAUCCUAAUUCCAACCGCCAAUCUAACAACGCGAGACAGUCUUCGGAACCCCCGCCGUCAGCUGUUCACCAUCGUUCUCAAUCUCAAUCGCUUUCUCGCCAUGCUUCCGAACCUCCACCAGACAAUUAUCAGAAUCAUCAGGAACCCGCGCCCGCCCCUCUCGCGAGGCCGAAGAAGUACGCAGUGUCUGCUUCGGCACAGGCUGCCAGCACAAGCGCUCAAGGAUAUCAACCUCAACCCCCUGCGACUAGCUCUGCGUCUGCGUAUGCCUCCAGCCGCGCCGCAGCCGCAGCCGCAGCAGCGUCAAACGCGAACAAUACCACUUCGAAUGCUCCCCCUGCUGCAUCUACGCCCACUCGACAGUUUCGCCCGACGUUCUCCACCCGGAUCGUUCGAACUCCCGAUCAUUAUCGACAUGAGAAUAGCACCCCAACAAACUCCAACUUGACACGCAGUGCUACAAUGCCAUCUAGUACAAGUGGCACUGGUCAGAGUCAAACAACACCAACUCGAAGAGCCUCAACGGGAGCGGGGACCGUGACAGAUGCUUCAGUAUUCGUUGACGAGCCUGGGACUUUACUUAGUCCGUUGGUAAUGAACACACCCAUGCCUCCGACCUCGAAGCCUCUGGGAAGGCAUCAUACAGCUCCUGCAUUGUCCACAAUUCAGGAGCAAGCGUCACCGUCUGAGCGACAUCAUCACCAUCAUAGACGCAGGUCGUCCUCUAGACAUCCAGAUAACAACAAUAAUACCCCAUCGAAAAUGCGAUCGGGUUCAAGUUCAAAAACUCCAACUCCUGGCAGCGGUGCUCACGGCGAAAGUAGUACCAACCACACUAGCUACCUUGCUUCGAGAAAUAUUGCUACUACCGGUACAUCCUCGGCUUCCGCAGCAGCAGCAGCAGCAUUAGCAGCCUCGCAAUCGCAGUCUCAUGUUACUCCUCCAAAUCAGACCAACACUACAUCCUUCUUUGGCAACCGAACUCCGAACCCCCUCCCUACGCCCCCAAGAAUAUUCGAUAAUCCAUCGUUUUCUAGGGCAAAUAUAUACUCUCCGCCCAAUGCUUCUGGGACUACACCUGGAGUCGGCUCAUCAUCGACAACAGUAGCAUACACUGCACCAUAUAACAAUACUACCACACCAGUGUCUGCAAACAAACUUGGAAGUUCUACUACAAGUUACGGUGUCAUACCUGCAUCAGCGUCAACGGGUAUCAGUAGUGCUUCCGCUCAAGCUUCACGUUCGCGUUCCCAAACCCGGGACCGAGCUGAUAUUCGAGAUCUCACAAGAGAUCGGGAACCCUCCCAAUCUCGGGGAGCCACACCGCAAGAACGGUCCUACUCUCGAACUCAUUCUCGGGAGCCCUCCCGCUCCCGUGCACCCUCUCGUGAACCUUCCCAAGAACCUCCCGCUCGUCGCUUUCCCGAUCGAUCUCAAGACAUUGACAACCCGUACCCAUUUAUUGCCCCAGAUGGAACACCUCCCGUCCCGCCAGGGCCUGAAGUUGAAGCUCGUAUUAUCGCGGAUCUCGCAAAAAGAUAUAAAAUAACCGGCGAGCCUAGACGGAGUACACAAAGGAGUGGGAUGUAUAAUGGGUCUGGAUCUGGAGGCAUUUCCAGGGCGUCUGCAGUGUCUAGUGCCCCUGCGACGACCACGAAAUUCGAACAUUUCCCGCUGCCGACUCCGCCGGAAAGCUUCUUGGAGCAGAGAAGGCAGGAAGCGAAGAAGGAAGAGGAAAGGUUGAAGCGAGAGAAAGAAGCCAGGGAUCGGGAACAACAACAGCAGCAGCAGCAAAAUUCAUAUCAUCAGUCUGCUUCAUCAUACCAAACCCCGAAGACAUCUCCAUAUAGUGAUAAUGUCAACCCUUCCCCUCAGCGUUCUCCCUCAUACGCUCCGCAACACUCUUCCGCAUCCCGACAAUCGUCCCCGUAUGCCUCGCCAAACAAUCCAACUCAGCAACGCACCAGUCCGUACCCAUCGCCAAACAAUAAUGUGGCUUCAACUCAGCGCUCUCCAUACCCAUCACCGAACAACGCACCUCAACGUUCUCCAUAUCCCUCUCCAUACUCUAAUUCUUCAUCCACUCAACCAUCACCGAGACCGUCACCCUCUAAGCAUGCUCAAUAUGCAUACCAAGGGGGUCCCAGCGGAACCAACACUGGCGGUCGCCGUAUCCGCAAAGGCUACUGGAAUUCCCGCGGCGACCAUCUGACUGAUUCCGGCUUCGUUGUCUACGCCCCGGCUGACAGGGCGAAUCCUCCUGAACUAGCCUCGUAUCCUGAGCGAUGGGUUGGAUUCCAGAAUGAGUAUGGAAAUAUUGCGAAAUUUGAAGUAGGGAGCAAAGAGUUGCCAGAGAGUAUUGGGAGGGAUGCUAAGAUGCCUUAUGAUUCUUUUGUAAAGUACAUUUAGUGGCUCGUAGACUGCUAACGACUAGAAAGAAACGGCGGAAACUUUUGACUUUUUUGGUAUACCCUUCACCUUCUAUUGCCAUCUACGUUCAUUUCACUCCCAUCUCUUGAAUAUGUACUCACGUUACAUGAAUUUGUACUUCUUAAUGUCGCGCUCUGUGGUAUGAGUUCCAGGAAA